AUGUUACAUCCUUUUUCUGCCUCGCUAAUUCGUCUCUCUGCACCGCCAAAGAAGUUACAAUUUAGUUUUAUUAUGUGGCACAACCAGGUGUUGACCAAAGGGUAA